GCAGGCAGGCAUCAGGGGUCCUUCUUCAGACUCACGGCGCUCGAUUCUGACUGCUGAAAGUGUUGAAUAUCUGUUUAAAAUCAUAUUUUUCGCUAAUAUUCAGGAGGAUUUAACAUCUGCGGGUUAUGGAGGAGUUGGACGUGGAGCCCAGCACCACGCUCGUUCCCGCUGCUGGAGUUCUUCAGAAACACCUGGGCUUUGAAUGGGGACCUGGAGAUCUGCUAGUUUACGAGACCAACUACAAACUACGAGGUUCGAGCUCUGCAGGCUCUCCGCUGGUGCACAUGGUGAGGAAGGAUGAGGACAUCUGCUCCCCCAUCCUGCGCAAGCUCUUCAACGAGUCGCAUCUCAUCUUCAUGGGGCUGCAGAAGAUUAAAGAGGACGCGCCCAGCAAAAACAAGAAGACGCAGUUUGUGAGCAUCAGCAGGAACUACAGGUCUGUGAUCAGAGCCUGUAUGGAGGAGCUCCAGCAGAACGCAGUUACAGCACAAGAUGGAUCUUUAGCAUCGCAGUAUGGAGAUCAGGUCUCUAUUCUCCUUGCCAUCGAGCUGAUCUGGAACCUGUGUGAGGUUCUGUUCAUCGAGGCAGCUCCAGCCGGGUCUCUUCUUCUCCACCUGCUGAACUGGGUGCGUCUGCAUAAGUCAGAUGUGGACACCAGAGCCAGAGAAGUGCUGCAGAGCGAAAACCCCACUCAACACCCGGCCUACUGGGACGUGGUGACCAGUUUAGUCCUGCAGGGCCGCAUGGAUGAAGCGCGUCAGAUUCUGUCCAAACAGGCGUCUCUGCGGAUGGAGAGCAGCUCGGUGUUCAAGCGCAUGGACACACUCUUACAGACCAUGCCCAUAUUCAACCCUGCAGGAGCUCAGACUCUGACUGAGUUUGAUGUGAAAUGGAGACACUGGCAUGAGGAGUGUGACCGCUGUCUUCAGGACCACACGUUCGCCAGCAGCGCAGAGCUGGAGACACUCUGCAAGAUUCUGCUGGGUGAUGAAGAUGUGAUUCUAGAGCAAAAGGAUCUGAUGAGCACCUGGUAUCAUUUUCUGGUGUCUCGGCUGCUCUUCACUCACCCCACCAUCAAACCUCCUGACCUGCACUACUACGCUCAGUCCAGUAUGAACAUGUUUCUGGGUCCGCGGGCGACGCCGGAGCCUCUGGACAUCAUCCUGUUGUCUGCGUUUGAGUUUGACCUGCAUCAGGUGAUCAAAGACUGCAGUCUGUGGCAGCUGGCGGUGGAUUAUUUGGACCACUGUCCUGAGUUUGGUCGCGUGUAUCUGGAGCUGCAGAUCGAGAGAGUGCCGCUCGACACCGAACGCAAAGCCAUUAAAGUCCUGCGCAUCUGUGAAGACCGACAGAUGAGUGAACAGGUGCGCAGUAUCUGUAAGAUCAUGGCUAAAAGAGCUCUGAGGAACAACAGACUGGGAUCUGCUCUGUCCUGGAGUAUCAGAGCAAAAGACGCCGCGCUCGCUACACUCAUCUCCGAGAGGUUUCUUCAGGAUUACAGUAAUAAGGGCUCUUUCACAGAUCUGGAUGUGUUGGAUAAUCUGGGUCCUGCCAUGCUGCUCAGUGACAGACUGACGUUUUUAGGAAAGUAUCGUGAGUUUCACAGGCUUUACGGUGAGAAUCGAUUCUCAGAUGCGGCCAAACUCCUGCUGUCACUCAUGAUGGCGAAGAUCGCUCCACGCAGUCUGUGGAUGACCCUGCUGACUGACGCACUACCACUGCUGGAGCAGGAGGAGGUGAUCUUCACAGUGGAUCAGACGUAUGAGCUCAUGUCCUGUCUGGAAGAGCUCAACUCAGGAACCAAAGACUCCAAUCAGAUGGAGCAGGAGGAAGAUCUGGAGUCCACGAAGACGGAGCUGUUGCGAGUGGCGUUGGCUCGUAAUCUUGCUACGGCCAUCGUCAAAGAGGGGACCAUAGAAACAUAAAUGCAUCUGAUCGUCCAGCUGUUUUUUUUCUGUAUAUAAAUCUGAAGACUUGAGUAAAAGUGUGACCUCUUUAAUAAAACCCUUUUCCAGUUUUUGCUAGAAAAAAA